CUGAUAUUGGUCCAGCACUGGGACGUCUCUUCAUCAACGAGCCAGCAUCGCUGGGGAGACGACAUCUCUCCGGAGCGUCCAUUAUCCCAUUUCUCCGAUACACAAGAAUUGUCUUUUUCGAGCUAACGCAGCCGUCAACGCACGGCCAGCUGCUCGAGCGGCAUCAUCCAUGCAACAACCAUUCCCUCCUGUGUCUCAGUAUUUCCCCCGAGACACGAUGAUAAUUAUGCCACGUCUAUGAGCCGAUCGUUCCACUGCCAAACCCAAGAUCUCACCGAUCUGCCAUCUCUCCUAGUCCAAUUCUCAUUCAUGAUUAUGCUCCCCUUGGCUCGCCGGAGGUCGUCGCCAAACAGAACCGCUGAACGCCGAUGGCUGGACGAAUUGCCCGAAGACGUCCUGAUCUUAAUUUUCUCCCAGUGCCGAAUUGAUGAGCUCUUUACGCUGCGACUAACGAGUUCAAGAACGCGAAGCCUCAUCUCCGAGUACAUUGCUACAAUCGCACCCUCGGUCGGCCGCUCGACGUUUCCCCUUAACGACCUUCUGUUAACGCCGCUCGAAAACCCGACGCUCUACACGAUCAACUGGCUCAAGGGAUUGAUCCCACUGCAGCUAGCGUCCAUACUGGUUGAUCGGCAUCGGUUCUCGCAUGAGUGGACGGAGCAAAGAUAUGGCAUACCUGCUGAGGAUCCCUACGGCGACGUGCUUCGGGCGCGAGUCGCCAAUGGCUGGCGCGUUUUACGAAGACUAUCGAAAAUCUCCCAAGACGUCUACAAUUUGCAUCCUCGAAGCGUGGUAAAGUCGACGACGGCGAAUCUUGCGUGGAAAGUUGUCCACCCGUCUCGGUACAAGUUUGAAGUCUUCCGAGAAAGAGAAGAUAUGAUCCUCAAACGCCGACUCGAUUAUAUUAAAAACCUACCCGAUGAACUCGCGAAAGACUACAAGCUCAUGUUCAUGCUGCUCUCGUCCGCCUUCCGAACGUCCGUUUCCAAUUAUGGCGAUGACUAUAAGCCCUGGAUAUUUGAUUGGGGCUGCGGAAUUGAUGGGCAGCGACUUCUUCGGAGAGGAAACUCUUGGUUGACAUGGUUCGUUCUCAACGAAGGCCCUGAUCUGUUUUGGGAACAAUGGUGGUCUUUAGAUCCAAAGACUCCCUCUACGAAAAACCAUAUUCGCGACCGCUCAAUCGAAGCCUGGUUUGGCACUACUAAGAUUACCCCUGAAGACUUUGUCCGGCAGUUUUUGCCGAAGGAGUGGAACGACGUCAAUGAGAAAUGGCACAGCAUCCAGCGAGACUAUGCAUUCAAGGUGCAGAAGGCCAUCGAGGAGAAAGCUGCAUCAGCUUCAAUGGAUUUUACAGCUGUUAAUCCGAUCCUGUAUUUCACACAGUAUGCUGAGUGUAGGCAGCUUAGGGGUGAAUCUGGAAUACCUUCGGUUAAAGAGACGCUGUCACAGGUACCGUUUCAUGUAGAUUUUCGAUGCCCAGAGGAACUGUUCCAGAAGUUUUGUUUACUGAGAUCGGAGAGGGUUGUUGCGAUGGCAAAUCGUCCACGUGGUGAGGGGUAGAAUGUAUUGAGCUUGGAUUGGGAGGAUGUAUGAUUAUUAAGCCAUGCUGUAUGCGCAGAUAGGAUACGGAUAUGUACAGUACUUUCCGCUCUGGACUUCCUG